AUGUGGUUUGAUGAAMAUUURUCUAUGAGUGAUCAUGUCAGCAAGACCUGCAGUAAAGCCUUUAGAGGACUUUACAACAUCAGACAAAUUAGAAAAUUUCUUACUACAGAUACAACUAAGAUCUUAAUCCRUGCCUUUGUUACAUCACACCUGGACUAUUGCAACUCAUUACUGUUUGGUAUUCCUACUUAUCAACUAGAACGUCUUCAAAAAGUCCUCAAUGCAGCUGCACGAGUUGUGUAUUAUAUUCCUAAAUUUGACCAUAUUACUCCAUCUCUGAUAAAUCUACACUGGCUUCCAGUAAAGGAAAGGAUUGAGUUUAAAAUUGCUCUACUGGUUUUUAAAGUUCUAAAUGGUUUGUCCCCUGUUUACCUGACAAACCUAAUUCAGGCGCAGCCAACGAGGAGAUACAACCUAAGAUCUGAUGAUAAAAAUCUCUUGUCCAUCCCAAGAUCUAGCUCAAAAUCAGGUGACCGUGCUUUCACCAUAGCCGGACCUAGAAUAUGGAACGCUUUACCACUAGAUAUCAGACUAUCAACAAAUGUAGAGACCUUCAAGAAAAAUCUUAAGACUCACCUUUUUAAGAAGGCAUAUUAUUGA